UCUCCUUCGUGGGGUUAGGGGUGGAGCGUAUAUUUCGUUUUAUUUCCGUAUACUCUGACACGAUCUGUACACAUGUUUGGAGGUUUGGAGUUGACGGUGUGUUUGUGUCUCUUUCCGUCUCUCUUCGAUGGCAGAAGGUACAGGGCAGGCGAGUGGUGGGGAUAAAAAGAAGAGAGACGAUUUUCAAUUUGAACGUAUCCUAGGUGAAGGCUCCUAUUCUACGGUGUUCUUGGCGACUGAGAAGACAUCGAAAAAGAAAUAUGCACUGAAGGUGCUGGACAAGAGACACAUCAUCAGGGAGAAGAAGGUCCAGCACGUCAGUAGAGAGAAGGAGAUCCUCUCACUCCUCAACCACCCCUUCUUCGUGAAACUCUACUUCACAUUUCAAGACACCGACAACCUCUAUUUCGGACUCAGUUUUGCUGAGAGAGGUGAGCUGCUGGACUACAUCAGGAAGGUGGGGUCGUUUGACGAGCACUCCACCCAGUUUUACUCCGCCGAGAUCAUCCUGGCUCUGGAGUAUCUCCACGGACGUGGAGUAAUUCACAGGGACCUCAAGCCUGAGAACAUACUCCUGGACAGAGAAGGUCACAUCAAGAUCACUGAUUUCGGAACUGCUCGACUCCUCACCGACGAUGUCGACAGAGCCAAUUCAUUUGUGGGCACGGCGCAGUACGUGUCACCAGAGCUCCUGCAGGACAAGGUGGCAUUCAAAAGCUCCGACCUUUGGGCCCUUGGCUGCAUCGUGUACCAGCUACUUGCUGGGAGACCACCAUUCCACGCUCCCAAUGAGUACAUGUGCUUCCAGAAGGUGAUGAAAGGGGAUUACGUCGUCCCUGAUGGGUUCCCCGACCAAGGAACCGACCUAGUCAGAUCUUUACUGGUGCUGGAUCCUACGAAGAGACUUGGCUGUGAUGCAAUGGGAGGGUACACUUCAUUGAAGACACACGUUUUCUUUGCAGAUGUUGACUGGGAGACAGUUCCAGAGCAAGUGCCACCGAAACUGAUGCCAUAUCUUCCCUCCAGUGUCAAGGGAGAGGAGGGAUUGAGGAGUGACUAUAUUGUGGAGGGUGGGAAUGGGGAUCGGGAGUUUGAGGAUCGGUUUCUGCAGUGUUUUGGUCUGGUGGACCCUGCACCAGACCCGUCCAGAGAGCCUCGGACGGCCAGCGAGGCCAGCGCUGAGGAGAGGAGACAGAGCCUCAGGAGACAGGCUGAAACAUCUCCCUGGCACAAGUUUGUCAACAACGAACUGAUAGUCAAGACUGGACUAGUCGACAAGAGAAAGGGACUCUUCAGCAAGAGACGGCAACUCAUAAUGACUGACGCUCCUCGACUAUACUACAUCGACCCGGUUGCCAUGGAGCUCAAAGGAGAGAUACCAUGGUCCAAUAGCAUGAGAGUGGAGAUCAAAAGCUUCAAAAUAUUCUUUAUCCACACACCAAACCGUACCUACUACCUUGAAGAUCCGACAGGCCACUCGAAGGCCUGGGUGGACACUAUCAACAAGCGGUUGUCACAACCAGGCACCUCCCACACACACUAAUAGGACUCCUCUCGUUUCUUACACACCAAUUCACUUAUUGUGCACGUGUACAAGAAAUAAUAAUUAUACUACCGCUUUUUUCAAUUUUCAGCUGGCAAAACAGGUUGUUUUUUUUGCGCAUGCGUAGUUUGAUUAGCACGCGCGCGCUCGCUCUAGCUCUUGAGCUGAGAAAGAGAUGCUAGCUAGCCACCUCAUCGGCUUGUGAGAGGUGAAGAUUGGCUCGAGUGGCAGCAGGAGAGUAGCUGGCGCUGGAGCCCAAGGCAACGAGCCAGCAACAGGCAACAACAGUAUCUCCUCGGGGAGGUUCAACACAAGGAGAGCAGGAAGAAGCGGAGGAGGCGGGGGUGGUUGGAGUAGGCUACUUCUGGGAGCUAGACGGACGGCGCAAGUUGCUCCCGUACGAACAGUGUUUGUUGCAGCAGCCGUAGAAGACUGUGAUCGCAGUAGAACAGAGUCGGCUCUGGGCCUUGGCGCUGCUACUGUCGAGAGGAAGAUGUCUUUGUGCGUGAACGAAGGCGAAGAGCAGUUUCAGCAAGAGGAGGAAAAUGCGGAGCUGAGCCCAGACCACAACGACACACCAUCUCCUCAAGUUGGGAGUCCAAAAGCUGACAGUGACUUGAACGGCUCACCACACCAACCUGUGGCGACCGAGGCGGAGGAGGAGGCCCAGAAGGAGGGAACUAAGGACGGGGAGGAGACCAAGGAGGGGGAGAAAGAGGAUGAUCCGUGCACCAGACCAGAGGGUGUGGUCCACUUUGUUGUGACGGAUCCGACCAAUAUGGAGUCCCGUCUCAGCAACCCGGUGGUGAUCAGGAAUGUACCUUGGAGGAUCUUGGUGAUGGGACGAGAGAUCAAAACACCAGAAGGAGUCACCAAAAGUCUGGGAGUUUUCGUACAAUGCAAUCCUCUUGCACCAGAAUCGACGAGCUGGCACGUGUGGGCGAAGGCUACCAUAACUCUCGUGAAUCACGAAAACUUGACCAAGUCGUUUGCCAGAGGUACAUACGUACAGUUACAACCUACAGCAUGUCCUCUUCUAUGGUAACAUUGAUGCUACAACAUGUUGACUACUGCAACAUUCAUUGGAUAAUUACAUGUUAAUUACUCAACUUUUAUUGGAUGCCUCUCGUGUUAUUUACUGUAACAUUGAGUUGAUUCCUCUCCUGUUAAUUAAUUUAACGGUUCAUGAGAUACUAAUUGGUUACCUCUCCUGUUCAUUACUGUGUUGUUGAUGGGGUGCAGAAGUGUACGGUCGUGUGCUGUGUUUGUUGUUGUUUGUUUGUUUGUUUGUUUGUUACAGAGAUCAGCCACUGCUUCUGUCAGAGGGAAAACGACUGGGGCUAUAGCAACUUCAUCAGCCUCAAGGAUGCUAUUGAGCCUGCAAAUGGGUACCUAAAUGAUGGAACUCUGGUGCUUGAUGCUCUAGUAAUGGCUGAUCCUCCACACGGCAUUCAAUGGGACUCACGUAAGCACACGGGCUAUGUGGGUCUCAAAAACCAGGGAGCCACAUGCUACAUGAACUCCCUCCUCCAGACCCUCUACUGCCUCCCCAAACUGAGGAAGGCAGUGUACCAGAUGCCGACAGAGAGCGAUGACCAGAAUAAGAGUGUCCCUCUCGCUCUCCAGCGGCUCUUCUAUGAGCUGCAACACAGUGACAAGCCGGUGAGCACGAAGAAGCUGACCAAGUCGUUUGGAUGGGACACGAUGGACAUUUUCAUGCAGCACGACAUUCAGGAGCUGUGCAGAGUUCUGCUGGACAACAUUGAGAGUAAGAUGAAGAACACAGUAGUUGAGGGUACUAUUCCGGGCCUUUUUGAAGGCAAGAUGGAGUCGUACAUCAGAUGUACACAUGUGGACUACGAGUCAGCACGGGUGGAGACUUUCUUUGACAUUCAACUCAACAUCAAAGGAAAGAAGGAUGUGCAUGCCUCGUUCAUGGACUAUGUGGCUGUGGAGACAUUGGACGGGGAGAACAAGUAUGAUGCUGGGGAGUAUGCGCUGCAGGAAGCCAAAAAGGGAGUCAUCUUCCUGAAGCUGCCUCCUGUACUCCACCUCCACCUCAUGAGAUUCCAGUACGACCCAAUCAUGGACACCAACACCAAGAUCAACGACAGGUAUGAGUUCCCCGAACACCUCAAUCUGGACCGUUUUCUCAAGAAGCCCGAGGAAACCCCUGCCAAUUACACCCUCCACGCAGUCCUCGUACACAGCGGGGACAACUUUGGAGGUCACUACGUCGCAUACCUCAACUCCAAGAGAGAUGGCAAUUGGCUCAAGUUUGAUGACGACAUUGUGUCCAAGUGCUCUGCAAGGGACGCAGUAGACCAGAACUUUGGAGGUAGUGAGGACAGCUUGGGGAUCCGCAACUGUACCAAUGCCUACAUGUUGGUGUACGCCAGAGAAAGUUGUAUUGAUGAGGUUCUACAAGAUGUGAGGGAGGAGGACAUUUCUCAGGAGCUUGUGAAAAAGUUUGAUGCAGAAAAACGCCUGGAGCAGCAGCGACGUAAGGAGCGAAACGAGGCUCAUCUCUACAUGACGGUCGAGAUCUAUCAGGAGGAUGAUUUUCAGGCCCACCAGAGAGCCGACCUCAUCGACUUUGACGAUGUCAAAGGAGGGUACAUCAAGUGUCUGAAAAUCACGACUUUCCCGGAGUUUCACCAGAGCCUGGCUACCAUGAUGGGAUAUCCCUCCGAGUGCAUCAGAGUGUGGCCGUUUGAGAAGAGGAGCAACAACACCACCAGACCUGGGUACUUGGAGAAACUGGAUGACUCCAAAAUCACAUUGUUCCAGCACGCAGAGCAGAGAAACGUAUGGAGAAUAUUCGUGGAGACACUGCCAGCAGAUUCCAAGCUUGAGUGUCUGAAACCCUACAACUUUCAGCAGGAGGUGCUGCUGUUCUUCAAGUACUACAAUCCCACCACCAGAUCCAUAUCCUACGUGGGACACUCUGUGGAAAACAUCGAGACAAAGUUCCGAGAUCUCUUUCCUGGUAUGAGUAAAGCUGCCAGCCUGCAUCCUGAUGUACCACUGUUGAUAUUUGAGGAAAUCAAAGCAAACAUGGUGGAAAAGAUCGAUCCUGACAUCAAAAUUGGUCAGUUGGAUGAGUUUAGAGAUGGCGACAUCAUAUGCUUCCAGAGAGCUGACCUACACCUGGAGAGGUUACAACUUCCCAUGGUGCCCGACUACUUCAGGGAGCUGUACAACAGGAUAGUGGUGACGUUCAUAGACAAGAACCUACCGGGAGACACUGGAGUGACACUCACCCUCAACCAGAGGAUGACCUACCCAAUUAUGGCAAAAGAGGUGGCCAGCAUACUGGGCACUGACAUGUACCAUCUCCAGUUCUUCAAACCACAGGGGUCCCAUCAGGACAUCCCCAUUCGGUGCAACAGUGAAGGCUCAGUGAGGGAGUUUGUGGGCACAAGACAUCGCUACGAGGAUCCCUACAUCCUCCUCUACCAGAGACUGUCCAUCCCAAUUCAAGAGUUUGAGAACAAGAAGUACUUCAGAUGUUACUUCAUCAAUGACAGACUCAGGGAGGAGAAAGAGCUGGAUCUGUAUGUGGAAAAGAAUGGAACUGUGCUGGAUCUCUUGGCAGAGGCAUACAAAGACGUUGAGACGGUUAUGACAAGUGAAAGUGGGUCCAGAAUUCUCAGGUUGGUGGAGGUCCUAGGUCAUCGAGUGGUGGAGAUCCAUAGCUACGACAAGCCAGUCAGCGAACUUCAUACACAGAAGAUGUACAGAAUUGAGGAGGUACGCAAGGAAGAGGUGGAAUUGGAUGAGGAUGAAGCUUUCCUACCAAUAGCCCACUUCCACAAGGCUCCAGGCAACACCUUUGGGACUCCGUUUGUCAUUGUGGUGAAGAAUGUGAGUAUCUUCUCGCUGUCUAAUGCACUGUCUGUCACGUGACUGUCAUGUGAGCAGGGAGAGAGACUCAGCAGUGUGAUUGAAAAGAUACAGUCCAGACUCAGCGUGCCUGAGAAGGAAUUUGACAAGUGGAGUUUGCUAUAGUUUCAGGCAUACAAGUCCUCAAGUAUUACUCGGAAGAGAGGAUGAUCCUAUAUCAUAUUUCCCAUUUCUUUCUAACCCCAGUAGAGGUAUUACAUUUCCACGGAUGGGGACACCUUGGUUUGGACUAGAACACAUCAAUAAGAACCCCAAGAGCAUGAGAUACACGGUAGAAAAAGCGAUAAAGAUCCACAACUAUUCCACGGGCUUUUCUCUCAUCUUUUGUACACUGUUGUAUGUAUAAACUGAAGCACUCACUUGUCCUUCCACUUCAAUCUGCAAUGUAUAAUUAUUAUACUAUACUUCUUGAUUUCACGUAACGAUAA